CGCAGUUCUUUCCCUCCCCCGAAGUGGCGAUUGUCGGAAAGCGGCGUUUGCAGGGGAUCAGGCGCCUCCUCCCACUCCCUGAAGUAUUUCUACUCCUCCAUCUCAGACCCCAGUCAGGGGCUGCCCCAGUUUGUCGGUGUGGGGUACGUGGACGGUCAGGUCUUUGUUCACUACGACAGCCACAGUCAGAGGAUGCAGCCUCGAGUCUCCUGGAUAGAGAAGUAUGUGGGGAAGGAGGAUUCCCAGUACUGGGACAGAAACACAAGGAAUUUUCGUGCUGAUGAGGAGGUGUUCAGAGUCGGCCUGGAGACUCUGAGGAAUCGCUACAAUCAGAGCGAAGGUGAGUGAUGGGUCUGGUGGCUCCUCCGGCCCCAUAUUCCCCUCCCCAGGAACCAGAGGGGGGGAAAGGGGGGGUCCCUUCAAAGGGAAAAGCAGCCUCCACACCAUUUAAAAAGUCUU